CAAGUUCAGUCAGCCAUCGUGUGGGCGAUCAGACUUUCCUCAUCCGCGUCGUGAUAUACAAGCGCUGGGCGAAUAAAUCGAACAUAAUUUGCAGGUCUCAUCUUGUCUCAGUCCCGGCGUGAUCGUCAUCAUGCUUUGAAGCUACGAAGCAUAUCUCAAUAGCCUCGCUUACGUUCGGGGCUUAUUUCCAUUUCUACCGCAUGUCAUCGCCAAUCCUCCUCGAAUCAUACAAGAAGAUCCAUUAGAGACGUGUGGCUCCGAGUAUCGGCCGAGAUCCUCCAAGUCGUACAUUCUGCGCCUCAAGAUAUAACACCACUCCCCGGGCAAUCCGGAUCAUGGCCGAAUCCGUGCGAGAACGGAACCUCGCGGCGGUGCGAGCCAAAAUCGUCGCCAGCACCAAACCACCAGCUGAAGAGGCCUCCACAGACGAUGUUCUCGGCAAGCGGAAACACGGCCUCGCCAUGGAAGGUGUCCGGGUCGUCGCGUUCAGCGUCUACUUCAUCACCAGCAUCACCGCCAUCCAUAUAGCACAGUUCCUGGGACUUCCACUUUACGCGUAUAAUCGCUCUUGGUAUAAUGCCUGGGUGGCCCUGACGAAACAGUAUUUCGGUGUACACAUCACCACCAUGACCUACUGGUGGAGCCCGACGGUCGUGCGCAUCAGUGGCGACAAGAGUGUCGCCGGCCUGUUGCGUCAGAACAAGGACGGUCUGGUGUCGCUCAAUUUCGGCGAACGCGGGCUGUUCAUCGCCAAUCACCAGCUGUAUACCGACUGGCUUUAUCUCUGGUGGGCCGCAUAUGCAAACAACCCGCCCAUGCACGGCCACAUCUACAUCAUCCUCAAAGAGACCUUGAAAUGGGUCCCCAUCGUCGGUCCUGCAAUGCAGCUGUAUGGAUUCAUCUUCAUGACCCGAUCCUGGGCCGACGACCAAACGCGGCUGAAGCAGGGCCUCAAGCGGCUCAACACCCAACGCUCGACCUCAAUCAUCCCAGGCCAAGGCAACGCGCCCUCACAGCUAGAUCCGAUGUGGCUCCUCAUCUUCCCCGAAGGAACCAACCUCAGCGCCAACGAAGUCGCCAAAUCGCGCGCCUACGCCGAAAAGGUCGGCAAAGCGCCCCUGACCCACCAAGUCCUGCCGCGCCCCGCCGGCCUACACCUGCUCCUCCAGGAACUCGGCGAGACCGUCCCUUACCUCUACGACUGCACCAUCGGCUACGCCCCGCUCCCGCCCGGCGGCUACGGCAAUGACAUCUACGGGCUCCGCACGGUCUACAUCCAAGGCCGGCCGCCCUCCAGCGUGAACAUGCACUGGCGGCGCUUCAAGACCAGCAGCAUCCCCAUCGGCGACAAGGCCGCGCUGCAGGACUGGCUGGAAGCGCGCUGGCGCGAGAAGGAGGUCCUGCUCGAGAACUUCUACGCCCACGGGAAAUUCUCCCCGGCCGACAAGAGCGCCGUCAUCAUCGAGGACGGCCCCACCGAGGACGAGUUCAAGACCCCGUACAUCACCGCCGAGAUCCGUCCUGCCAGUUCGGUGGAGUACCUGGCGAUUUUUGCACCUGUCGCGGUCGCGGCGGUCGCCGGGAGGAUCGUUUGGCAGAUUGCGGAGAGGUUGAUGGGUUGGUAGGUAGGUUGGUAGGUAGGCAGGUAGGUAGGAGUGGAUGAAUUGGUCAAGGGAUGAGUGGGAGGGACUGUUCUUCUGUGCGCAGAGGAAGAGUUAUCGAGUUUGGAUAGUGAGAGGGUAGAGUUGCGAAUGAGGUGUAAAGGAAGCGAGAGCACGGUGAUGUAAAGGUCUGUGAAAUGGGCUGGAAGGAUGAAUACGAGGUUUUGUUCGAG